UUUUGAUUGUUUUUGUCAAAUGGAAUAACGUAAGAAGAAAAGAUAAAUAAUUUUUUUGUCACUUGAAUAAUAUCGUAAUUAUUAAGACUUAGCUUUUUACAUCUGAAACUACAAAACCUAAUCAAUCAGGAAGGGAUUGCUAAGGUUAAAUCGACCGUUAGAGGCACUAUUAAGAAGAAUGGAAGAAUCGAAUGAUUCGCCACAGAGUAAUGCUAAGAGAGUAAAAUUUGAUAUGGAAUACGAAUCAAUCAACUGUACAAAUACUUCGGACAGCGAUGUAAACAAGGACCUGACAAUGUCCUCGUCCCACGCUAUCGAGAAUGAUGAUACUCUGUUGUCGCUCACUAGUGUUAGUUCGCCGCCCAAAAAUGAUCUGUUGGACAGUGUACUAACAUCUGGAGUUACUUCUACACAAAACCAAGAGCAUGAAGUCGACAAAGACGAAAUAGCUGUCGAGGCUUGCGAGACUACUUCGGAAAAUCCUGUGCCGUCGUGCACAAAAUCAAAUCUUUCCAAUGCAAUCGAUUCUGACGACACACCGAGUGAUACAGACGCUCAACCUGCUGGUCCAAGUGUAAUUCGGCUGUCACAUUUUUCAAGAAAUUAUCGACGCAGAAUUGUGGACGAAUCGUCGUCAGACGAGGAGUCUACCAAUCGAAAUGAAAGACCAACUUCAUUACCACCUAGAUCGGCGGAAGUUGAUGCUGACGAAAAUAAUUCGAAUUCAACAUUCGGCUCCCCCAGUACACCCACAGCACCAUCGGAAAGUUCCGAAAGUAGUGAGUCCGUUUCUGAUUGGAUGGUUGAAGAUUCGGAUUCAACAUUUGAAAGUAACGACCGGUUCCGGUUUGAACCGAAUGAAGAAGUUGACGGUGUUGUUGAGACAAUAAUGCAGAAGCAAAAGUCAAAAUACACCUGGAAUUCCGUUUCGUCGAUAAUGUACCGUCAAAAUGGAUUUAGUGCAGGUAAACGAUUUCGACACACAGCCGAUACUCCGUACAACUUCCAGGCUAAUGUUCGAGGAUCUCUGCACGGAGUCGAACGUUUAGAACAACUGUGCAAACUAUCUGAACAUUUUGGCUGCAUCAAUUGCUUGAAUUUCAAUCAAACUGGUAAACUGUUGGCUUCCGGAUCAGAUGACUUGAAAAUAAAAAUUUGGAAUUGGGCGAGAAAGAAAGCAAUUGCCACGAUAAACACUAGUCACAUAUCGAAUAUAUUCCAAGCGAAAUUCAUCGACCACAAUGGCUACGACGACGGUUUCGAAUUAGUAAGCAGCGAUCAAAGUGGUGCUGUACGACACUAUUCCGUAGGACCUUGCGGUUCAGUGCGUUCUGAUAAACUCUUACAUGGCAGUCCACGGGCUGUACACAAACUUGGGUUGCCAUCAAAUCGUCCGUACGAGGUAUUAUCAGCAGGAGAAGAUAGUCGUGUGAUGUUAAUAGAUUUACGAGAGGGCAGUGCAAGACGACUGGUUCGCGCUAAAUGUUCGUUGUACAGUAUAGCGUGUCAUCCCCUAGAUUCAAACGAAUUCUGCGUUGGCGGACAAGAUCAGUACGUUAGAGUUUAUGAUCGUCGUAGUAUUAAAUCGACUAUACGAGAACUCUGUCCGGAGCAUUUAGUUAAUAAACGAGACCAAUUUCGAUCUGUGACAAGUGCAGUGUACAAUUAUGUUGGCUCAGAAAUCUUGGCCUCAUAUUCCAACGAAAGUGUUUACUUGUUUGACAGUCGCAAUGGAGAUUGUUUGCAUAAAUAUUCCGGUCAUAGAAAUAAUCGCACAAUAAAAGGAGUGAAUUUCUAUGGUCCCAGAUCUGAAUUUGUUGUCAGUGGAAGUGAAAAUCCAGGUCAUGUCUUCUUCUGGGAAAAACAAACCGAAGCAAUUGUUCAAAUGAUAGUUGCCGAUAAUGGUGGUGUAGUCAAUUGCUUGGAGCCACAUCCAUCCGUACCAAUUAUAGCAACAAGUGGACUUGCUGAUGAAAUAAAACUGUGGCAUCCGUCCAAACAUGAGGACCCGAAUUUGAGCGAUGUCAGGAAGUUCGUUAGUCGCAACAUAAAUAUUCAGUUGAAUAGGCAAGAUCGAAACAGCGGCAUUGACAUAUUUCAGUUUAUACUGCAGCGUAUGCGUAUGCGCACAGCUGAGGAACAAUUUGAAAAUCGGGAUGACGAGGAACAGGGUCAAGGUAGCGAUGCAGACAGUCAACCGACGAAUAAUACGAGCGAUGAUGAUGACAGUGAUCUUGAUCACAGUCAAUUUAAUACUUGCAAUGCGUCCUAAUCGUACAAAAUGCAACAUUUUGGGACUGUGUUCCAUGUAGCACGCCAUUAGUAUAAUGCAAGGUGUUUUAUCAAAAAUUUGUACAAUGUGAACAGUUCUACCAAUAAACAAUAAUUUUCAUGGAAACGUAUUGGAUACUUUUGUA